AAGGCCGAAGGAAUAGCAGUUUGCGGCGUUUUAUCGUUGGAAGCUAUCUGUAUAGUUGUAGGAAACUUUCUCACCCUUUUCCUUUUUUCCGUUACCAAAGAGGUUCGUAAGAGAAGCUUGUUUCUUGUCAUCAAUAUGGCUUUUGCGGACCUCAUGAUUGGAGCGCUGAGUCUACCAUUAUACAUUUACUUCUAUGUUGGUGAUGUGUAUCAACUGUGGAAUGUAUCGAUAGAAACUCCAUGGCGCAUAUUCUUUCCUGCAUUACAAGUGAUUUUUUCUCAAGCCUCGCUUAUUUCUGCAGCCAUGAUAUCCUUUGAGAGACUGUACGCCGUUCUUUGGCCACUGAAACACCGAACACUGUCAGUAAGAGCUUAUCGCAUCGCUGUAAGCACAGUUUGGAUACUAGCUCUCUGUUUUUCCGCGAUUGCCAACCUUUCGUACUACUAUAUUUCACGAAAACUAGCCAACUGGUUUUGGAUCUCAAGUCCUUUUAUACUAACAAUCAUCGUAGGUGGGUGCAACAUCGCUAUUUGGAGAAAAGUCAUCGUUCGACGGGGCCGGCAUAAGAAGCACAGCAGAGUCAGUACAAAUCAACGCCUAACGAAUACCUUAUUAUUUGUAUCGAUAUUUCCAUUGCUGACGUGGUUACCUCUAUUUAUUGUGAACUACUUAAAACAGGUCCAAAAUGUUUCCAUGCCUCCGAAAAUUUAUUACGUGUUUGUAUUUCUUAACUGUUCCCACUUUUUUGUUAAUCCAAUUGUGUAUGUGCUAAGAAUUCCCGAGUUUCGACAAGCGCUA